AUCAUCACUCUUUCAGUCUUUCGGCACUCUCACUCUUUCCUCUUUACAACAAAAAAGCACCACCUCAUAGCUCAUUCUCCUCCUUCCUUCGCUUCUUUCUUUCAUUUCUUCCCAAGAAACAAGAACUUUAAUAAAAUGCAUCCAAUGUAGCUUCUUUUCUUUCUCAUUUCUUUUCCCGUUUCAAACGAUGGAUUCUCUUCUCUCACUCCAAACCCCAAGCAACAACCCACACCCUCAUUCACCGCCAGGCCUCACCCCAACGCCGUUACGGUUACAACCAACACAAAUGCCGUUACUAGUUCCAAAACCAGAGCCUCUCGACGAUUUCUUCUUUUCUAAUAAUUCCCAACAACGCCCUCACUGGUUCCCUCACCGACAACAACUACAACCACCCCAACCUAACAACAACGAGUUUGAGUUACACGCGCCACCGUUCGCGUCUGCUUCUCCAGAAGAACAAGAAGACUCCGAACUCUACAACCACUUCUUCCGAGUCUCUCAGCUCUUCCGUACAGCUUUCUCUGAUACUCUCUUCCAAAAGGACGCCGUUCCGGAACCCGUGACGCCACAAUUACAGUCACAGUCGCACCCGAAUUUUCAAGAUUCUCUUUCCUAUGCUUCUAGUUCCCAACCUGAACCUGAGGCUGAGGUUGAGGCAACGCCCGAAGCGGAUUCACGCGCCUUGGUUCCCGUUCCGCCAUCUUCGUCGUUGGUCGUCGCGGCUCCUUCGAAGCGCGUGAGCAAGAAGAAGAAGCUGGUGAGGGUCUCCAAACUCCGCCUUCACGAGCAGCUUCAUUUCCGUGAGGUCGUGAGGCGAACGAGGAUGAUCUACGACUCGAUCCGCGUUCUCUGCACCAUCGAGGAAGAGAAGCGGGUCCAGGAGGAGAAAAGAGCUGCCGAGGAGAAGAGAGCUGCCGCCGUCGCUGACGUUGUUACUAUUGCCGCUGAUGAACCGUUCGCUGCAUCUGAAUCCACCAUUGAAUGUUCUUCCUUAGCUGAAACCACCGUCUCUGUUGCCGUGCCAGCUCCUGAAUCCGCCGGGGAACAACAAUCGGCCACCGACAAUGGCGCCGGCAAUAAACAGCCGGAAACAGUCAACAGGGGCGAAGCUGAUGCCAAGAUGGCGCGGCGGAUGCGGCAAAGAGGGGAUAUUCGUGCGGCGAAGAUGAUGAGGUUGAAGCAUCUUUGGCUGAACUGCGAUAAGCAAAUCGUCGGAGCGAUUCCCGGUGUGUAUGUUGGCGACGUGUUCCUCUUUCGGAUGGAAUUGUGUGUCCUUGGAUUGCACGGUCAGAUCCAAGCUGGCAUUGAUUACCUGGCAGCUUCCAUGAGCCCCAACAAUGAACCAAUUGCAACGAGUGUCAUUGUCUCCGGUGGCUACGAGGAUGAUAUGGACGAAGGAGAUGUCAUAAUCUACACUGGACAAGGCGGGCAGGCCACGAAUUCCGUGAGGCAAGCCACACACCAGAAGUUGGAGAGUGGGAACCUGGCAUUGGAGAGGAGUAUGUAUCAUAAUAUUGAGGUUAGAGUGAUUAGAGGGAUGAAGUAUGAGGGAGCCGCUGCAAAAUCCGGUAAGAUUUAUGUCUAUGAUGGUUUAUAUAGGAUUUCUGAGUGCUGGUUUGAUGUUGGAAAGUCCGGUUUUGGUGUUUAUAAGUAUAAGCUUGUUAGGAUUGAAUGGCAGCCUAAGAUGGGUAGUGCUAUUCUUAAGGAAGCUAGGAGCAUUAGGAAAAGUGGAGUGGAUUUUCAACCAAUGUAUUGUCUUUCUGUUGAUAUUUCGAAUAAGAAGGAGAAGGUUGCGGUUCGGCUCUUUAAUGAUAUUGAUGAUAGUAAGGAGCCGCUUUGUUUUGAUUAUCUUCUAACAACUAGUUUCCCUCCAUUUGUGUUUCAUCAGAGCGGGACAGCUACUGGCUGUGAUUGUAUUGGCGGUUGUACGGAUGGAUGCUUUUGCAGUAUGAAGAAUGGAGGCGAGUUUCCUUAUAAUCAGCAGGCGAUCCUUGUGAGGGGGAAGCCUUUGAUUUUUGAGUGUGGCCCUUUUUGCAGUUGUCCACCUCAAUGUAGGAACCGUGUGUCGCAGAAUGGGGUGAAGAACAAGUUGGAAGUUUUUAGGUCGAAGCAGACAGGUUGGGGAGUAAGGUCCUUGGACCUUAUUCAUGCUGGUGCUUUUAUCUGUGAGUAUUCAGGUGUUGUUUUGACUAGGGAGCAAGCACAGCUUUUGACGAUGAAUGGUGACUCGUUGAUAUAUCCUAAUCGGUUUUCUGAAAGGUGGGCAGAAUGGGGUGAUUUGUCUCAGGUAAACUUGGACUACGUGCGUCCAUCUUAUCCGUCAAUUCCUCCUCUGGAUUUUUCUCUGGAUGUGUCAACAGUCCGAAACGUUGCUUGCUAUAUGAGCCAUAGUUCAAGUCCAAAUGUUAUGGUUCAAUUUGUUCUGUAUGAUCACAACAAUUUGAUGUUCCCUCACAUUAUGCUGUUUGCAAUGGAGAAUAUCCCUCCACUGAGAGAGCUCAGCCUUGAUUAUGGGGUGGCUAAUGAGUGGACAGGCAAGCUCUCUAUAUGUAAUGGGUGAAUUCAUAAGAUUCAAGCCCUUCUUUUUUUUGCUGAAGUGGAGUUUCAGGCAUUGUUUCACUGAGACUUAGCUUGAUUUUCAGAAGGGUUCAAGGUACUCAGAUUUUGUGGAACCAUUGGAGUGCCUGCUUAUGAACCCUUAGGGUACCGUAAAUCGCGUAAUAGCUAUAUUACAUAAUCGUUUUAUCCAACUUCUGUUGGCCAAUUCAUGGCCUUUUCUGCAUGGUGAAGAUCAGGAAAUAGUGUUCCUCUCCUCAACUGGAACAAAUCUGAAAAUAUACUCAGUUGUUGCUGCCAUCAUUUGUUCUUCGAUACCUGGUUUCUGGCAAAAUAUUUGCAAAUCUUGUCACCACCAAUUCUAGGAAGUAGCUCGGCUUCGCUAACCUGUUUUUGUCAUUGUAUAUAAUGUAAGUUCAAAGCUGGUACAGGGAUGAUACUUGUGGUUGGCAAUGAUGGAUGGAUAGAAUGCAGCAAAUCUAAUUAGUUUUGGAAACAAAAUGUGUUAGCAAUUUUGGUAUCUAUCAUCAUAGGCUCUGGGUAUUUUUGGCCCAUAGAAUAUACUUUAGAUAUUUGGCUCAUUUUUUUUUAAUAUGGAGAGUAUGUUGGUAUUUUGAAUGGAAAUAGGCGUUUUUUUGUGUAUUUGCAUGUUGGUGGACGUGUCAGAUGUGCACUAUCAACACGUGAGGGGUGUGCUAACGCAGCACAUGAAGGGCAAGCUGGCAAUACGUGAGGGGCGUGUUACUGACAUGACAAUGUGUGAUUCGAGCCACCCUUAACCAGUGACGGAUUCAGAAAGUUUUGAUAGUGGAGGCAAAAUAUAUGUAACAUAAUAAUAAUUUAGGUUUAGCUAAUAUGUGUCU